UGACACCAACGAUGGGGCACUAUUCCUCCCCCCACUGACACCAACGAUGGGGCACUAUUCCUCCCCCCACUGACACCAACGUUGGGGGCACUAUUCCUCCCCCCCACUGACACCAACGAUGGGGCACUAUUCCCCCCCCCCCCCCCACUGACACCAACGAUGGGGCACUAUUCCCUCCCCCCCACUGACACCAACGAUGGGGCACUAUUCCCUCCCCCCACUGACACCAACGAUGGGGCACUAUUCCCUCCCCCCCACUGACACCAAUGAUGGGGCACUAUUCCCCCCCCUGACACCAACGAUGGGGCACUAUUUCCUCCCCCCCACUGACACCAACGAUGGGGCACUAUUCCCUCCCCCCCCACUGACACCAACGAUGGGGCACUAUUCCCUCCCC